AUUACGCGACUCAAGAGGCAGGCGCAGUUGCAGACUUGUCCAUAUCCGCCGAACGCUGACGGACGGUGUCAGUCGUGUUAGCUUCCUCCGGUAGAUAGUUAGCAACUAGCCUAACUAGCCUCAGAGUUUAACAGCUGUUGUACGCUUCCGCACGAACGUUUGAACGCGAAGCUCGCGCGCUGUCUCGUCUUGCAAUCACUCGUCCAUCCCGGACGCACGCGCCGCGUAUCCGUGUGUUUGAUCGCCUCCCCUUCCCCUUCCUUUCCAGAAGUGUGUGUGUGUGUGUGUGUGUGAGAGAGAGAGAGAGAGCGCACGCGUGUUUGUGUUGCUGUGUGUGGCGUUAGCAAGCUCUCUCCUUCUACUGUGACAGUCGAGUGUGUAUCCAGCACCAGUGGAUUGACAUUGUCCACAGUUGACCCUAAAAGCAUCAUCAUGCUGUGGAACGGUGCAGUUCGCGGCGGCCUUGGCCUCCUGGCCGUACGGAGGGCGUGUCUGUUCUCCCGGUCCGCCCACUCCGCCCCCAAGAGUGGCGAGUAUCGACCAAUCAAAAAGGUCAUGGUGGCCAACAGAGGGGAGAUUGCCAUCCGUGUGUUCAGAGCAUGCACAGAGCUGGGAAUUCGAACCGUGGCCGUUUACUCGGAGCAGGACACCGGCCAGAUGCACAGGCAGAAGGCAGAUGAAGCCUACCUGAUUGGAAAGGGUCUCCCUCCAGUCGCCGCCUACCUGGACAUCGCUGACAUCAUCAAAGUUGCCAAGGAAAACAACGUGGACGCCAUCCAUCCCGGCUACGGCUUCCUGUCGGAGCGGUCGGACUUCGCCCAGGCGUGUGCCGACGCGGGGGUGAUGUUCGUGGGGCCGUCCCCGGACACGGUGCGCAUGAUGGGGGACAAGGUGGAGGCGCGCUCCCUGGCCAUCCGUGCAGGUGUGCCGGUGGUCCCGGGUACUGACGCCCCCCUCACCUGUAUGCAGGACGCCAAGGCCUUCGCCCAGACCUACGGCUUCCCCAUCAUCUUCAAAGCAGCCUACGGAGGGGGGGGCCGCGGCAUGAGGGUGGUCCGAGAGUACGAGGAGCUGGAGGAGAACUACCAGAGGGCCUACUCUGAGGCGCUAGCCGCCUUCGGCAACGGCGCCCUGUUCGUGGAGAAGUUCAUCGAGAAGCCGCGGCACAUCGAAGUGCAGAUCCUCGGGGACAAGUUCGGUAAUGUCAUCCAUCUCUUCGAGAGAGACUGCUCCAUUCAGCGGCGACACCAAAAGGUGGUGGAGAUCGCACCGGCAUUCCAGCUGGACCCCCACCUCAGAGCCCGUCUCCACACUGACUCCGUCACUCUAGCCAAGCAGGUGGGCUACGAGAAUGCAGGAACAGUGGAGUUCCUGGUGGACAAGCACGGGAAACACUACUUCAUCGAGGUCAACUCCAGGCUCCAGGUGGAGCACACAGUCACAGAGGAAAUCACAGACGUGGACCUGGUGCACGCCCAGCUGAAGGUCUGCGAGGGCCAAAGCCUGCCCGACCUGGGCUUGAGCCAGGACAAGAUCAGGGUCAACGGCUGUGCCAUCCAGUGCAGGGUGACCACCGAGGACCCCGCCCGCGGCUUCCAGCCCGACACCGGCCGCAUCGAGGUGUUCCGCAGCGGCGAGGGCAUGGGCAUCCGGCUGGACAGCGCGUCGGCCUUCCCGGGCGCCAUCAUCUCCCCCCACUACGACUCUCUGCUGGUCAAGGUCAUCGCCAGCGGCAACGACCUGCAGGGCGCCGCCUCCAAGAUGAGCCGUGCCCUGGCCGAGUUCAGAGUCCGUGGCGUCAAGACCAACAUCCCCUUCCUGCAGAAUGUUCUCUCCAACACCCAGUUCCUCCACGCCACAGUGGACACCCAGUUCAUCGACGAGAACCAGGAGCUCUUCAACCUCAAGCCCACGCAGAACCGCGCCCAAAAGCUGCUGCACUACCUUGGUCAUGUGAUGGUGAACGGACCGACCACACCCCUUCCCGUGAAGGCCAAGCCCUCGGCCAUCGACCCCGUCAUCCCUCCCGUUUCCAUGGGUGACCCUCCGCUGGGCUUCCGGGACGUCCUGCUCCGGGACGGGCCGGAGGGCUUCGCAAAGGCAGUGCGGGCCCACAAGGGCCUGCUGCUCAUGGACACCACCUUCAGGGACGCCCACCAGUCGCUGCUGGCCACCCGGGUGCGAACCCACGACCUGAAGAAGAUCUCUCCGUUCGUCAGCCACAACUUUAACAACCUCUACAGCUUGGAGAACUGGGGAGGCGCCACCUUCGACGUGGCCAUGCGCUUCCUGUCCGAGUGUCCGUGGAAGCGUCUGCAGGAGAUGCGCGCCCUCAUCCCCAACGUGCCCUUCCAGAUGCUGCUGAGAGGGGCCAACGCCGUGGGCUACACCAACUACCCAGACAACGCCGUGUUCAAGUUCUGCGAGGUGGCCAAGGAGAACGGCAUGGACGUGUUCCGCGUGUUCGAUUCCCUCAACUACCUGCCCAACAUGCUGCUUGGCAUGGAGGCGGCGGGCGCGGCGGGCGGCGUGGUGGAGGCCGCCAUCUCGUACACGGGCGACGUCUCCGACCCCGCCCGCCAGAAGUACUCCCUGGACUACUACAUGAAGCUGGCCGACGAGCUGGUCCGCGCAGGCACCCACGUCCUCUGCAUCAAGGACAUGGCCGGUCUGCUGAAGCCGGAGUCCAGUAAGAUGCUGAUUGGUGCACUGAGAGACCGCUUCCCCGACGUGCCCAUCCACGUGCACACACACGACACCGCCGGCGCUGGAGUGGCCGCCAUGUUGGCGUGCGCCGAGGCCGGGGCCGAUGUGGUGGAUGUGGCGGUGGACUCCAUGGCCGGGAUGACCUCCCAGCCCAGCAUGGGGGCCAUGGUGGCCUGCGCCAAGGGAACCAAGCUGGACACCGGCAUCCCCCUUGAGAAGGUCUACGACUACAGUGAGUACUGGGAGGUGGCCAGGGGGCUGUACGCGCCCUUCGACUGCACCGCCACCAUGAAGUCCGGCAACGCCGACGUCUACGAGAACGAGAUCCCCGGCGGGCAGUACACCAACCUGCACUUCCAGGCCCACAGCAUGGGACUGGGCCACAAGUUCAAGCAGGUGAAGAAGUCCUACACCGAGGCCAACAAACUGCUGGGUGACCUCAUCAAGGUGACCCCCUCCUCCAAGAUCGUGGGCGACCUGGCCCAGUUCAUGGUGCAGAACAACCUGACCCGGGCGGAGGUGGAGGAGCAGGCGGACGAGCUGUCGCUGCCCCUGUCCGUGGUGGAGUUCCUGCAGGGGCACAUCGGCAUCCCCCACGGCGGCUUCCCCGAGCCCCUGAGGAGCAAGGUGAUCAAGUCCCUCCCCCGUAUCGAGGGCCGCCCCGGGGCCUCUCUGCCCCCCAUGGACUUCAAGGCCCUGGAAGAGGGUCUGCGCGUGGCACACGGCGAUGACAUCACACCCGAGGACGUGAUGUCCGCCGCCAUGUACCCCAAAGUGUUCCAGGAGUACAAAGAGUUCACCGCUAACUUCGGCCCAGUCGACUGCCUGAACACAAGGCUUUUCCUGGACGGACCAAAGAUCGCUGAGGAGUUUGAGGUGGAGCUGGAGCGGGGGAAGACCCUCCACAUCAAGGCCCUUGCCCUGGGAGACCUCAACAAGGCAGGCCAGAGGGAGGUGUUCUUUGAGCUCAACGGGCAGCUGCGCUCCGUCCUGGUGAAGGACACCGUGGCCAUGAAGGAGAUGAAGUUCCACCCCAAGGCCCAGAAGUCCAUCAAGGGCCAGGUGGGCGCGCCCAUGCCGGGCAAGGUCCUGGAGCUCAAAGUGGAAGUUGGCUCCAAGGUGGAGAAGGGCCAGCCCCUGUGCGUGCUGUCGGCGAUGAAGAUGGAGACGGUGGUCAACUCCCCCCUGGCCGGCACCGUCAAGGCCCUCCACGCCACGGUCGACUCCUCCCUGGAGGGUGACGACCUCAUUCUGGAGAUUGACGAGGAGUAGGACGACAGACGGCGACGGAGGAGGAGGAGGAGGAGGAGGAGGAGGUGGUGGAGGGGGGAGCAGAGUGUGGGUGUGUGCGGAGGCGGGGCCGGGUGACAUUUUGAUACCAGAGAGAGAGGCGGACGUGUGGACAGAGUGGAGGGUGAAACCGAGGGGGGAGGGGUGGAGAUGUAAAAAUCAGAUUUAGUUUGAGCUUGAGGCGGUUGGUGUGUGUAGAUGGGCUGAUGGAGUUGACGGCGAGCGCGUGGGGGAAAAGGGCAGGGCCGGUAGCAGGGGAGAGAACUCUUGACAUUCUGGAGUCUGUUCUUUAAAAGAGAGGAGAAACAAGGGGGAAAUAAAUACAGCCGAAGGUCUCUCCCAGCCAUCCCUGUUGUGUCGGAGACGGCAGAUGCGAGCGGUGGUGUGUUAACAUUAAUACCCCUUAAUGCCUUCCCCAGGACUUCUGCAUCGAUCUCAGCCCCCACAACGCCAUCCAAGUGCAAAUUAGACGACUUUAGUUUGAAGUCCAAUCCAAUCUGAAAUGUGCCGAUUAGUCCUCCUAGUAAGAUAAAUUAACUCUGCGUUACUUUUGUUUUCCUUUAGAGCCAGAUGUAAUUUCAACACUAAUUAAAACGCUACUUUCGCAACAUUCCAUGAUUUAGCCCUUUACGUUGUCCAACAAAUGUAUUUUUAACACUAACGCAAGACUAUAAAAUCGCUACGCUGUUACCUCGCUGUUUCCAUUCAUAUACCAAGAAUGGAAAUAUCUCUUGACCCAGCAAUUGAAGAAAACAGUGAAAGGCCAACAUGUUUUGAGGAGGACCAUUAGUCACUGUGGGGAGGGGCAACACAAGGAUUAGAAAGAACUAUUUUGCCUAGGGUUUGGGAAACCCAUGUUCACGUUAUGUUUCACUUUUUUGUCUUUAAAAUCAUCUCAUAGAUAUUAGUUAUUCAAUUCUUCUGCAAACAUGUACGGUUUUUCUUUUAAAAUUGUUGAAUUCACUGUCCUUAACUUAUCGUCAAAGGCUGCGAACACAUCGAGGGAGGGAGGGAGGGAGUUUGUAAUAUUUUCUCGAUUUCCACCAACUUCUAACGCGUUCAGAAACAUACCAUCGGAAGGAGUUAACGAUGGCUAGGGACUCGUCUGUCCACCAUCUGUCUCUGAGUCCCCUCGUCUGGGGUUCCCGUUAAAAGGUGUGGAACGUCUUCUUUGUUGAUUCCAGACUCAUAUUAAUUCCACCAGGACCGUAAACACACAAGAUAAAAUUGCAUUUUUAAACACGGUAGGCACCGUAAACGGGGGCAAUGAAAAGUCUGCGUUAAGAGAAAACGUUGAAGUUAGAAGCUCAAAGGAAGGACGGCCGUCCUUGUUUUGGUCCAACAGCUUUAUUGAACGGCUUUGAAAGGGAUUAACUGUGGCCUAAUGACGGCGUGUUGUGGGGCUGUGUUUGACUCAUUCUCUGACUAAUUUAUCAAUUAAUUCCAUCAAACGAUGGGAAAUCAGCCACACUAAUGAGCCCCGGGGGGCUGGGAUACGCCACCUGUGUAUGUGUCUGUGUGUGUGUGUGUGUGUGACUACAUCUUUGCUAACCCAAAACAGCAGAGGGAAUGUUAUCGUUUGUUUGACACACAAACUUCAUUAAAUUUACAACCCAGUCUGGUGGACGUAAAAUAUUCUCACACACACACACACACACACACACACACACACACACACACACACACACACACACACACACACACACACACACACACACACACACACACACACACACACACACACACACACACACACACACCAGUGUGCUCACAGGCGAAGAUAAAUGCAAGCGUCGGCUAAAAAAUAUUACGCACACAAGCACAAAAACAUCGACACUUUAAGUGUGGUAUAGUCACCAUGGAAACCAAGCACAAAAUGUACCUUGUUUUGACACUUUGUCGUUUGACAUUGAGCUCACGUCUCUCCUCGUUUAAACUGUUCGUGUGUGGUAUUCACGUUGCUGUGUUUAGGUUAUGCGAGUGUCUAAACCCAAACCAAAACUUGAGAUGGUGUGGCCAUUCAUUCAUUGUGCUGAGGAAUUUGGAGGACCCUUUUGAAGACUAAAAAACACUUGGCCCUUACUUACCACGGAGUGUGUGAUGGCUGGAAGGUGUUGGCCUAGCCUGGUGACCUUCUUAUAUUGAUGGUAAAAGCCAUUGAGUACUCCCACAAACAUAACCUUGUUAAAGAGAAGGCCUCCUCGCCGCCUACAGUUGUUCCCUCCUCUCACUGAAAAGCACCUGACGGUCGUUCUCUGAGACAUCGCUCCUCGCUUCCUCUCUCCUCCUCUCCCUCGCUGAAUCAUCUCCCCCCCCCCCCCACCCCCUUCUCUAUCAAACUCAUCCCUGCGCAUUUGCACAUUUCCUACUUAAACGCAAUAACGCAAAAGAUCUCCCACAUGGGAGCGUAAACUAAGGCUGCAGUGGCGCAUGAAGCAACUCGUGACAACGUACCACGAGCACGUAGUCGCUCGUGUAUCUUAAGAGUGGCGCUUAAAUGUUCGCUUUCUCACGGCCGCGAGGUUGUGAUGGGGACCUCUUGUUUUGUGUCUUUGUGCUUUGUGGAUGUGAAAAUAGGGCAGGAUAUGAAUAGAAGAUCUAUGGUUUUUGACUUUUUCUGUUUGUUUUUACAGUGAACCAACUGUUUAUUUACACUUGCUCUUUGGGUUUGUCAAAUGUCAACUCCGAAUUGGGGGGAACUGAGGUCCAUGAGGUUUUCCAAAGUGUUUUUUUCCAAGAUUUUUUGUUAAAUUACUUAGUCUUAACAUCUUAGACCAACUUCUGUUAUAGAAAAUACUAAUUUUGGUUGGUAGUUUACAUUAGUUUGACCUCGGGUCAGAUGUACAGUAUGAUUAGCUCUAGAUAGCAGGGCAAUGAAAAGGGAGAAUGAAAUUAUUACAGGGUGGAAUGAAAGUGCUAAAUGUUGUCUUAACUGAAUAUAAUCGUAAUCAAUAAAGUUCUAAUAAAGUUGACCCUUAUUGAA